AUGAUAUUAAACAGCUUCUCUCUGCCAGGAGUGGCGGUGAUAAUGAUGAUUAAUGUCAUGCUUCUAUCACAAGGGUGUUUCGAGGAAGAACGAAUUGCUCUUUUGCAAAUCAAAACUUCCUUUGGUGACCACCCAAAUGACAAUUUACCCCCGCUGUUCUAUUGGGGAAAAGAUGCCCUCUGUUGCAGCUGGGAAGGAGUUACCUGCAGCAAUUCCACUACAAGACGAGUCAUCGAAAUCGAUCUUUUCUUCGCAAGAGAUUGGUACUCAUCUAUGGGAGAUUGGUACCUAAAUGCAUCUAUAUUUCUUCCCUUCCAAGAACUCAAAGUUCUUGACUUGGGUGCAAAUAGAAUAGCUGGCUGUGUUGCGAAUGAAGGUUUCGAGAGACUAUCAAGACUUAACAAAUUGGAGACUCUUUAUUUAAGCUUCAAUAAUUUCAACAAUAGCAUCCUAUCAUCCCUCAAAGGGCUUUUAUCUCUCAAACAUCUACAUCUUGAUGCGAACCAGUUGAAAGGAUCAAUAAAUACGAAAGAAUUUGAUUCAUUGAGCAACUUGGAGGUGCUAUCGCUAUCCUACAAUAACAUCCAAGAAUUUACAACCUUAAGAGGCUCUGAAGGACCAUCAAGGCUUAACAAAUUGCAGAGUCUUGAUUUAAGCUUCAAUAACUUCAACAAUAGCAUCCUAUCAUCCCUCGAAGGGCUUAACAAAUUAGAGAGUCUUGAUUUAAGAUACAAUCACUUCAACAAUAGCAUCCUAUCAUCCCUCAAAGAGCUUUCAUCUCUCAAACAUCUAAAUCUUGGUGACAACCAGCUGCAAGGAUCAAUAAACAUGAAAGAAUUUGAUUCAUUGAGCAACUUGGAGGAGCUAUCGCUGUCAGGAAAUAAUAUCCAAAAUUUUGUAGCCUUAACAGGUAUCAAUUAAUUAAGGGCCG